AUGGCAACGCCGCCAUGGAAAGUCCGGCUACACCGUGAUCUCAAGGAUCUGGCCAAGGAGCCAUUGAAGGGCAUUGACGUUGUUGUGGACGAGCAAGACAUGCAGCGGAUGUGCUUGGUUUUGUCACCUCUUUGCGGCCCUUAUCAGGGCUUGAAGCUCCACCUGGAUGUCAAGAUACCGGCAAUGUAUCCAACGGAUCCCCCAAAGGUAACCAUCCAGACACCGGUGCCUCACCCAAACGUCAUGGGGUCUAGGAUCUGCUGCGAUAUUCUCGAUCACCAGUUUUUCGGGGGUUAUACUCCAGGCUACUUGCUCGGCUAUGUCUUUCUUCAGCUCUUGAGCCUCUUCUCAAGCGACAAUAUUGAGCAGUCACAUGGUGGCGGCAACGUGAAUCUACAGUCUUACUCGAAGAUGUGUUUAGGUCCCCGAGGCUUGAAACCGCGUGUAGAACGUUACCAGUGUCCAAAGUGUGGAUUCAAUGUGAGUUUCUCGGCAGUGGAUACGGCAGUUAUCAAGUGCAAGGAGAUAGAAAAGAAGGAGGAGGACACAAACUUGUUUGGGGUUUUGGGGUUAGAUGUUGAUGGUGAUGAGGAUGUUUUGCCGUUGGAGGCUUUGGCGCGGCCAAAACGAAAGCAGCAUGGAAAGCCAGCGUUAAAAAAUGUCGUAGAUAUGAUGUGUGAGAGGUUGAACGUUGAUUGCCGCCUGGAGAUCAUUGACAAGCUCGAUGACCGGGAGAUUAUGUCCGUAAAAGCGUUUGACAAGAGUGUGGAGAUAUACACUCGACUUCUUGAAAGGCGGCUCAAGUGCUUCUUCUUGCGGAAAACUUUCAGAGAGAAAGACGUCGUCUUGGGCAUUGGAGUCAACCUCGACAGCUUGAACAAGUUAAAGCCGACAGUUGUGUCGCUGGACGUGCUCUCUCACGAGUCUUUCAGCGUUUAUUCUCACAACAAGAGCCUUCUCGGAGUGAGCUUCCAGUAUUUCCUUCCGCUCGCCUUAGAUGAUGAGCACUUCAAGCGUGCUAAGGGUUUAAUGCAGAGCUCGCUUAUGAACCUGGUGCAUGUCAAAACAUGGAGCCCUCAAGUCGUGCUUGAAACUCUUCCAGUGAUGAUGAACUUGAUGGUGCUCAGGCUUGUGCAGUCUUGUGAUCGGCACAAGGCAGCUUUCUUGAAGAGUAGUGGAUUCAGCCACCAGCUUAUGAAGGCAUCAGAGUUUGCCCUGGAGGGAUAUUGCCUUCUCUAUCACUUGUUUUCUAAGCUGGUGAGGGACGACCAAGAGUUGGCAAACCUUAUACAACACAAAGUUCAAGAUUUCAUUGACAACAUAGAACUCCGGGGAAAGAAUGCAGUCCCAGACCUUGGGGAGUUCCUCACUUACUUGCUAGUUACUAAGGAUGUUGAAUGGCAACCCAAAGACAAAGAAAAGCCACAGGUCUCCAAGAUGUUUCUGGGCGAAUCCCUUACCAGAAGGGUGCUAUGGUGCCUGAAAGACUUCCCACAUCUGGCGUACAUUGAGCCGGAGAACUAUCCCUCUGAGCUGCGAAUCAGGCAAACAUUCCAAGCUUGCAAGACAUCCAUGAGACUGAUCCUGUUCCAGGUCAACUUUUUCAAGAUGACAAGGUCAACGGAGGAGUUUGACCAGAGAUAUGGGUUUCCAUCCGAAGCCAUGACCAAGAAGCUGAUGCAAUUGAUGAAAGAGGUGUACAAGGCAAGGGAUUGGGACGUUUACUUUAGGAUUUUUGGGCUCGAAUUUGACAGCGGCUGGAAGUGGCAAUUGGUGAGAUUGCUCAAGAAAUCUAUUGAAUCCAGUGAGAAACGAGGGUACCACGUCCUAAGGUAUACCCAAAGUGAGCUCUAUGAGUUAAGAAAAGCUGUGGAACCGGCUUGUCCUCCUCCACAAGGAUGGGUCGACAACUGUGGCAAAUAUCCAGUUCCACAAAAGAGUUUCUUUCCAGGAGAUGAAACUCUCAGGCCACUAAAGAAAGGUAAAUCCAAGAACAUCCAUCCAUCUCAAUAA